UCAAUUGCAACCACAUUACAAACAUGUUGAAAUGUUGCCGCGUUUCUGACUUCAUUUGCUUCUUCUGGGGAGGGUCCUCCGGUUAUUUAGCGGCCAGGGUGGGGGGACUGCGAGCCCUUCCGGUUGGUUCUCCGCGGAGCUCCGCGGGUUUCAAGUUUCAGCCCCUCCUUGAAUUCCAGCCUGCUGAGACUCCUCCGGGAACCAUCCAAAAUGGAGCCCUUCGCUGCCUACCCACUGAAAGGCUCCGGGUCCAAAGCCAAGGUAUUUGCUGUCCUGCUGUCUAUGGUUCUGUGCACCGUGAUGCUUUUUCUCCUGCAAUUAAGAUUCCUGAAACCGAGAGUCAACAGCUUCUAUUCCUUUGAAGUGAAGGAUGCCAAAGGAAAGAUCGUGUCUCUGGAAAAGUUCAAAGGCAAAGUUUUUUUUUUCUUUUUCCGGGAGGCUUCCCUAGUUGUAAACGUGGCUAGUGACUGCCGGUACACCGACAAAAGUUACUUGGCCCUCAAGGAGCUGCACAAGGAGUUUGGACCCUAUCACUUCAACGUCCUGGCUUUCCCGUGCAAUCAGUUUGGAGAAUCGGAGCCCAGGUCCAGCAAGGAGGUAGAAUCUUUUGCAAGAAAAACCUACGGAGUCACAUUCCCCAUCUUCCACAAGAUUAAGAUCUUAGGGCCCGAAGCAGAACCUGCGUUUAGAUUUCUUGUUGAUUCUUCCAAGAAGGAGCCAAUGUGGAACUUUUGGAAGUAUCUGGUCAACCCCGAAGGACAAGUUGUGAAGUUCUGGAGACCAGAAGAACCUCUAGAAGCCAUCAGGCCUCACGUGUCGCAAAUGAUAGGGCAAAUGAUUCUUAAAAAGAAAGAGGACCUAUGAAGACGUUAGCCAGUCCAGCACAACUGGACAGGAAUGACCCUGGAGGAUUCCGCCUCUGUUUAGAUUUUGACAAAUAUGGUACUAAAAGAUUUUUUAAGGCCAUCUCACUACUCAGGUGCAAUGGAUGUCCCCAAAAUAGAAAUGUUACCCAAAGAGGGAAAAAAGUGGGGUAGCCAAAGAAUCAUGAUGAAGUCUAUUACUUCAUCUGACCAGGAGGAAAAUUUAGAAAGCUCAGUCACCAAUGUGCUUCAGUUUUUUUGUUGUAACUUUCUCUAGGGUUGACCGUUACGGGAAAACUAAUGCCCAAGGUCACUAUGUGAAACGAAGAGCACUGUGUGGGUGACAGUGUUGAAGUAACUAACUCCAAGUGGCUACACAGAUGUAAUAAAAAAUAAAAAUGGAAGUUGCAAAGUA